AGAAAUAAUUUGGUGCAUCUCUUGUUUUGGGAAAACAGUAUCAAGCCGGCGUGUUACUUUCUCGUUGGAAGGAAUAAAACAAUAUUUUGCACUCCAUCCAGACCGAAGAUGCUCCCUUUUUCUCUUAUGUGAAUCAUAAAUUUGAGGAAGAGAAUGAGAGCUCAACCUGGUGUUUGUCUGUGGGAUUUGUCUUUUGAUUGUUAAUUGUUGCAAAUGGAAGUCGUAGCAACGACAACCCCUUCCUCAAAAAUAGAGAUGUACUUGUCCUCCUACUCUUGCCGAAACAGCAACCAUAACAACAGCAAUGGCAGCAGCCUCAGCAUCGUCAGUUUAGGCGAGCAUUCUUCUUCCAAGCCUCCAUUACUACUUCAGAUUCGAUUGCCUCGACGCAGCCCCAAGCAACGUACGCAUUUCAUUGGUGGCGAAACUGAAACUUCAAAACCAAUCGAACUUCCUCGAAACAAUUAUGAUAUCAGCCAAAGUUGGAGGAAAAUUAGGAACGCCAUCUGCAUUGCUGCUACUCCCACCCCCUCGUGCACGACCUCCGACGUUUUGCUCUUGAUGGAUUGUCUUCACCUUCCUGUACCCAUUGAUAUUUAUGCUUCUCUUGUCCAGGAAUGCACUCUCUCCUCCGACUCCACUAGAGCCGCUGAGUUGCAUCAGCACAUCUCCCGGAGCGGCCUCAAAGUUCCUUUGCCUUUGCUUAAUCGGCUCCUUCUCAUGCACGUAUCGUGUGGCUUUUUGGACACUGCCCGUCAGUUGUUUGACCGAAUGACCCUUAGGGACUUCAUCUCUUGGGCCACCAUGAUCGUUGGUUAUGCGAACAAUACCCACUAUGAAGAAGCUAUAAGUUUGUUUGUGAAAAUGCAAUAUCAACUCAGUAUGUUGGAAUACCCCACAUGGAUAAUUGCGUGUGUUCUCGAGGCAUGCGUAUACACUAUCGAUCUGGAUCUAGGAAAGCAACUUCAUGGAUGCUUAUACAAGUUGGGUAUGGCUAAUCAUGAUUCAUUUAUCACCAGUUCCUUAAUCCAAUUCUACGGGAAACUCAAGUGCAUAGAAGGCGCUGAAUCUGUCUUUAAUCAACUCUCACGUCACAACACAAUGACAUGGACGGCCAGAAUCAUCAGCAGCUGUACAGAGGAGCGUUUUGGGCAUGUGCCAGGAUUGACGAUGAUGGAUGCAGUGGCCGACAGGUGCAUGCCAAUGCCAUCAAGAUCGGGUUGGAUACAGAUACUUAUGUGCAGUGCGGACUGGUUGACAUGUACGGAAGAAGUGGGCUACUGAAAGAUGCAAAAUUGGUGUUUGAGGUGAUUGAUGACAAGGGAAAUGUUGCAUGCUGGAAUGCAAUGGUUACAGCGUGCAUUCGGAAUGGCUUCUACAUGGAAGCCAUUAAGUUGCUGUAUGAGAUGAAGGCAGCUGGAAUGCAGCCUCAAGAGUCUAUCGUCAAUGAAGUGAGGAUGGCAUGUAGUAAUGACAGAAUCUCUUUGAACCAAGCCCUGAAAAUGGGUAUCGGGUUCGAAAUCGGAGGAGGGCAGUUUCAAUAAAUCGAGUAAUUCAACAAAUUAAAUCAGGCGAUCCAUAACAAUUUUGUAUAAGUUAUUUCAAUGUGUAAAAAUAUAUAUAAUACAAUUUAAGCCUUUAAAAUUAUGUAUAAAAGAGUUUAUAAUAUAAAUUCAUUGACUAGUUCUACCAAGAACAUGAUAUGAAUCUAAAUAAUUUCAGUAAACA